AUGCAAAAUUUUGAUGUUUGGGAUGCUAAAAGUAACCAUAUUAAGCCUGGAAAAGAAUUAUAUAACGUAACUAGUAUGGAUGCGGCUGCUAUUUCAUCUGCAUUUGGUGUUGAAAUACUUGAACGUUUUGAAGCUAUGGACGAAGGAAUUUAUAUUUGA